GGCUGAUUGGGCCGGGUCAGUUUUUCCCGGUCAGAUAGCGGUUCCACCACCAGCCCUUCCUUUGGCCCCGCCUCCGAAGCCUGUGGAUUGGACGAUUGCGUCAGAUGUCACGAGCCUUCUCGGAAGCGCAGACUAACCAAUCAGGAGCUUCGCGUAUUUUACAAACUGGGGAAAGAGCUGCAGCUAAGUCCGAGAAUCCGGGCAAAAGCGAAGAAACGGUCAUGACCACCGUCCAAGCCACAAAGGAUCCCCUCCUCAAGGGUGUGCCUCCCACCCCUAGCAAGAUUCCGGUACUCUCUCAGAGACGGCCGCCUUUCCCCAUGGUCAAACCGUGUGCUGUGGACCAGGAGAACCAAGAUCCAAAGAAAUGGAUGCAGAAGCCAAACCUCAGUAUUCAACGCCCUCUGCUUGACUCAGCAGGUCCCAGGCCAAAAACCACACACCAAACAGACACAUCACAGAGAUUGGUGGGGAUCACUGAGCUCCGGAACCCCUUGGAGGAGCUCAGGCCUAACCCUGGUGGUCAAAAUGUGGGGCCUGGGCCCCCUCCCCAGAAAGAGGCUCCAGGGGCCAUAGAAUUUGUGGCUGACCCUGCAGCCCUGGCCACUAUCCUGUCAGGUGAGGGAGUGAAGAGCUGUCAACUGGGGUGCCGUCCCAGUCUGGCUAAGAGAGUACUGGUUCGAGGGAGUCAGGGAGGCACCAUCAGGAGGGGCCAGAGUGCUCGGUCCUCUGCAUAUUUGGCUCCCAGAACCCCCACCCACCGACUGGACCCUACUAGGGCUUCCUGCUUUUCAAGACUGGAGGGAUCAGGACCACGAGGCCGGACUUUGUUCCCCCAGAGGCUAGAGACUCUGAUUUCACCUUCAGGAUCCUCCUUUUACCCCUCUACUGGCCCCAGUUUCCAGGAGCUAAGAAGAGAGACAGGUGGCAGCAGCCGGACUUCAGUGAGUGAGGCCUCAGGAUUGCUCAUGGAAACCCCUGUGCAGCGUGCUUCCUCUCUCCCUAAAGGAGAACAUGAGGUUGUCACUCACUCAGAUGAAGGAAGAGUGGCCUCCCUUGGUCUGGCCCAGCGGGUACCACUAAGAGAAACCCAAAAGAUAACACAUACCAGGGAUAGCUGUGACUCCCACCUGAUGCCUUCCCCUUCCCCUGUGGCCCAGCCCAUGCAUGGUCAUAAAGUGCCACCUUCUGUUACCCGUCCAUCACCCUUUGGAAGGGCUCAGCGUGUAUCCUCCCCUGGUUUCUCAGCUCUGAACUCAUAUUCAGUGUUGCGGCGUCUAGCUGUUCGGCCCAAAAUCCGGUUCACACCCAUGCCAUCAGUCCCUAGAGUUCAGCAGACCCGAUGCUUGAGUGGCCUCUCCCCUCAGCCCUGUCCUGAAGAGCCUACCCUGCCCUGGGAGGAUAUCGCAGUGCGAUUAUUUGACCAAGAGAGUUGUGUAAAGUCACUAGGAGGACCUGGGAAGCUACCUGCACCCACCCCUUCUGGGCCCUACCCCAGUGGAACCCCCAGCCUCCCAGAGCUGAAGAUGCAGCGCAUUGGUAUCCUGCAGCAGCUGUUGAGACAAGAGGUGGAAGGGCUGGCAGGGGGCCAGUGUACCCCCCUUACUGGAGGCUCCCCUCUUGAUAUGGUUGAACUUCAGCCCCUGCUGACUGAGAUUUCUGAAACUCUGAAAGAUCCUGAGCAUAAUUCUGGGACUUCCCAUGUUCCUGGAUUGUUAGAGCACUCUGGGCAGCAGACAAAACCUUGCCUUCCAGAACAGUGUGAAGAACCACACGCCUGCCCUUCAGCAGAGCCAGGAACUCCAGAGUCCUGUAGGAGUGAGCCUGAGAUUCCACAACCGUCCCUCGAGGAACAGCUUGAAGUAUCAGAGCCCUGCCCGCUAGUGGAGUCCAGACCCCAGGGACCCACUGGAUCCUCAGAGCCCUGCCCUGAGGUAGAGCCCAGGAAAUCAGAGGCCUGCUCCCUGGAACGUAGAAAUCCAGAGUCCAGCCCACCACCCUGCUGCAUUCAGUGGGCUCCGGCUACCACCAGCCUGAUCUUCUCUUCCCAACACCCACUCUGUGCCAGCCCCCCUAUACACUCAAUCCAGUCUCUGAGGCUCCCAGCAGGUCAGGCAGGUAAGGAGUUUGUUGGGAAGGGGUAUGAAGAAAGGAUGGCCUCAUCUCUCCGUGCAAGCUGGGCCCCUGCCCUGCACCACAUGAUCCCAUGCUUCCUUUCCUCUGCCUUGUACCCUUCUCCGUCCGGGAAAGGGGAGGAACUGUACCUGAGGGUAGGCAGUGUGUGGUGGGAGUAUAGGAUUCCAGAGUCCCCUCUACAUUCUCCAUGGCCCUCAGGCCCCAGCAGUCUGGCCCCUCGAACCCUGGCCCUGAGGCAGCGCCUCAAAGCAUGUCUAACCGCCAUCCACUGCUUCCACGAGGCUCGCCUAGAUGAUGAGUGCGCCUUUUACACCAGCCGAGCCCCUCCCUUGGGACCUACCCGGGUCUGCACCAACCCUGUGGCCACAUUACUUGAAUGGCAGGAUGCCCUGUGUUUUGUUCCAGUUGGUUCUGCUGCCCCUCAGGGCUCUCCAUCAUGAGGCAUCCAACUCCAGCCACUGCUGCCUUGCCUGGCUUCUUACUUUUAGCCCUUAUUUAUUGUUUGUCUGCCCCAUGGUACUGGGAGCUGACACCCUUUUGUCCUCUAAUAAAGUUUCUAAAGU